CAAAAGUUCCGUCCUUCUUCCGUCUCAUCUCAUCUACCAAACUUUUGUUAUCUUUAUUUUUUUUUUCUUCAUUUCAACCCCAAUAUGUCUAAUUAACUUUCAUCAUCUUCUUCUUCAGAAUUGCGUUUGAUCAAAACUCCAAUUGUCUCACAUCUACAAGUGUCCCCGAAUCAAGGGAAAACACAAUUAUCUAAGCUAUUGUUUCUUUCAAAAAUCACUCAAACCCUGUUGUGAUCAGACAUGUCGACAAACAUUGAAGUAACAGGCAAAGUCAUUGUAAUUAUGGGCGUAAGCGGAGCAGGCAAAUCUACCAUAGGUAACAUGUUGGGAACAGCACUAUCUUGUGAUUUUCUUGAUGCCGAUGACUUUCACUCUUUAUCAAACAGAGAUAAGAUGCGGCAAGGCAUUGCUCUUUCAGAUGAAGACCGGAUGCCAUGGCUUCUGAAAAUACAGGAGAGUUUGCGAAAACGUUUGCUCAAUGGAGAAACCGUUGUUCUCGCGUGUUCUUCAUUGAGAAAACAGUAUAGAGAAAUCUUGAGAGGCUCUGAUCCUGAUUACAAACCAGGAAGCUAUUCGAGCUGCAAGGUGAAGUUUGUGUUAUUGGAAGGUAGUGCAGAGGUGAUAGCUGCUCGGUUACAGAAGAGAGCUGCAGAGGGAGAACAUUUCAUGCCUCUCACUCUUCUCCAGUCUCAGUUUGAUUUGCUUGAAGCUGAGGACUGUGAAAAGAUAUUCAGAGUCAGUGUGGUUCUAAGCCCUGAAGUUAUAGUUAACUCAAUUCUUGAAAUGGUAAACACUGGUUUUAACACUUGAGAAAUAUAUUAUGAAAUUAUUGGCACAUUGUAUCAUCAUUCAUCUUUGUACUUAACAUGUAGUACUAUUCAACAAUAAUUUAAAAUACUAUAAUGAUUAGUGAUGGGG